AUGGCCGGCCAGAUGGCAGAGAACAGACCGCAGAGGCAUCCUGACAACCCUGUGGUAUUCUUCGACAUCUCCAUCGGAGGCCACCCAGUCGGUCGGAUCAAGAUGGAGCUCUUCCGAGAUGUGGUUCCCAAAACAGCAGAGAAUUUCCGCCAGCUGUGCACUGGUGAGUUCAAGCUUAACAAGGUUCCCAUCGGCUACAAGAACUGCACCUACCACCGAAUCAUUAAGGAUUUCAUGAUCCAGGGCGGUGACUUCGUCAAAGGUGAUGGCACAGGCAGUCUGAGUAUCUUCGGGGAGAGAUUCCCCGAUGAGAACUUUGUCCUGAAGCACGACAAGCCAGGCUUGCUUUCGAUGGCCAACAGUGGUGCGAACUCCAACGGCUGUCAGUUCUUCAUCACGGCGAACAAGUGCGACUGGCUUGACAACAAGCACGUGGUUUUUGGCCAGGUAUUAGACCCAGCAUCAAUGCUUGUGGUACGCAAGAUCGAGAAUGUUGCCGUUGGUGCCGGCAGCAAACCGCGCCUCUCCGUCCUUAUCACGGAGUGUGGUGAGCUAUAG